UUCACAUCUCAAUUCACACAUCUUAGGGCAUGACGUCUAAGUGCAAUCGGGGGCUGUUGAACUGGACGGCACUGUUCUACGUUUUCCCCAGCACAAAUCCCCAUCUAGAACAUGCAGGAUUGGUGGAGCUGUAUCUGUCUCCCCCAUGCAGUGCGUGCUCUAUGUCGCCCCCACAAUACCACGCAGUAGGCGCUCUGGAAAGGUUUGGGAGUGAGGGAUGGAGGGCUGCAUGGGUCUGGCCCUUCUCCCCUUGCCUCGCCUCCACCCAGGGAGGGGUCAGGGCCCCAGGUCUCAGCACAGCACGUGGAGGUCUACGCUCUACAGAAUGGGGGCUUGAACCCAUGGCUGGUGUCCUGUGUCCUCCUAGUGCUGGGGGAGGGGCUCUCAGGAUGCCUGAGGCUCCGGCAGCUCCAUCUUCAGGUCCACUCUAGGAUGCCCCAGCCACUUUCUCAUCUAAUUGGAUUCCCAGCUCUUCCUUCCUCAAAUCCGGGCUGCUGCAGUGUCUGUUUAUAAACCUGGCCCAGCCUGCUUCCCUGGAGGCUCCCGGAGCCCAGAGCCCAGCUGCAGAAAGCAUUACAUUCCUCCAGGCCAGAUGUCAGCCGGCGGCUCCACCCUGCUCAGCCCAGCUGGCCCCCGGCCCCUGUCCUGCCAGCAAGGUCUCUCACCCGUUACUGUGCCUGCCCAGUGGCCGCAGAGCCCAGGCCGCCUUUCUGACAGACCUGUCUGGGCUGGUUGAGCUUCCUCAAAGAUGGCUGCCCUCAUGGGUUCACCCCUGGCUGGUAGUGGCCCAAAGCCCAAGAGGGUCCCACAGGUCGAGCCAAGUCCUACCCACCCAAUCCAGGGCCAUGGAGGGGGGCCUCUCCUUCAGUCCCAGACCCAAGUGGCACCACAAGGGCUUUUGGAGUCUCUCAAGCGCAUCGUUUUGACAGGGCUCCUGACGGAUCCCUCGAAAGGUCAUGGAAAUGCCUCACCAGGGACACGUGCACGCUGCCCUCAGUGCCCUCAGUCUCCCCAUCUGUAAAAUGGGCACAAAGCCCUCUCCAAGCAGGGCCACGAACAGACAUGAACUCACUUUGAGGACUGCAAAGGAAGGGGCCCCUUCUAACACAUGCAGAGCCAAGAACUGUAGCCGUGGAGCUGGAAAAUGAGGGAGGGACACUGGGGGACUCUGUCCUGCCACCCCAGUCCUGGCCCCACUUCUGAGAGUUGCGACCAAGAACACUGGCUCACCAGCAACUGGCUGCAUGGACCUGGGCCAGUUAGGACUCCCCUUGAGCCUUAGCUGCCGCCUCUAUAAACGAGGGUGAAAUAGAGUGGGGUGUGGCCCCCCUCCCAGGGGCUGAGGCCUGCUGGGGAGUAGGUUCUGCACCCGCCCCCAACAGGAGAGCCCUUGUCUGGGCAGGAGCCCCUAUUUGCUGCCUAAGGCCCAGGCCUGGCAGGGAGGGAACAACACCAGCCUCACCCCCAGUGGCAUGGUGUCUCAGUGGCCUGGACUGCCUCCUUGGGGCCAAGGCCAAGCUUGCUUCUGUCCCCCGCUGAGCUCACAGGCCACACUCACUGUCUCAUUUUCAACCUCAGAUGGAGAAACCGAGGCCCGGGGAGGGGCAAGGACUGGCUGGCUGGAUUGGCAAGGGUGUGGCGGGAGAGGUGGGGAGCGGGAGGGGUGACCCCAACGGGUCAGCCCUGCAGAGUCCCCACAGGAGGGAAGGCCAGGCUGCUGCCCAGUGUCUUUGGGCCGCCACUGGCACACCCAUGCCAGCAAGAGGGGUGGUGUCAGGUCUGGCAGCCCCUGCUUGGCACUGGCUGCAAUAAAGCCUUAUCAGCACCCAUGUGCCACCAAGUCCACGAUUCUCUGUUGAUAAGAGACUCAGGGGUGGAAAGCAUGAGACACAGACAAUGGCAAGGCACUGGGUGGGUGGCUUGGCCGGGACAAUGCGGGGCCACAUUAGGGAGUGGAAAAUGGUGCCUGGGUGGGGGACGGGAAGGGCGGGACUUCAGCCAGGCAGCAGAAGUGGGCUGGGGAGUUGUCUUCCCUAUCCUGGCCCUUCCCUCCCCAGGGCCUUCGCACAUGCUGUUCCCUUUGCCAGCAACACUCUUCCAUCCCUUCUGGCUAGUUCCUUCUCUUGAGGGCUCAGCUCAAAUAUCACCUCCUCCAGGAAGCCUCCCUGACCAGCCCAUGUCAGUCCAGGUCCCCCCACCCCGUACAGAUUACCAUUCCCCAUAUUUUCCCUUCAGGACUUUUAUCCUAAUAAUAAUUCAAUAAUGGGAUGCCGGGUUUGACAGUUAAUCUUCUCUCCCUUCCUCAGACACGGGCAGCUCCGUGAGGGCACGGGCUCUGUGUGUCUGUCUGUCCUGUGAACCAUAGCGCAGGGCCUGGCACAGAGCAGAUGCUCAGCUAACAUCUGCUGAGUGACCGAAUGGGCAGCUGGCUGUGAUGUGGGUUUGGUAACCCACCUGGUGGAGGACUGAAUGAUGAGCACUCAGCACAGCACUGAGCACACAGUAGGGACUCAGCUGGCAAGUAAUAGCAAUUGUGGCCAAGAUGAGCUGUGUUUCCUCUUAUUUCCCUUCCCUGGGCCUGGGGCCUCCGUCUGCCCGAGGGGCACGGUCCUCAGUCACUGCAUUUUCCUGAGCACCUACUGUGUGCCGGGAGCUGCAUGGGUACCGGCAGGUGAGGGGGAAGAGGCGCCCGCAUGCAUCAGGCCCAGACGGGCCUCCUCCUACGGACGGCAGCUCCUGCACGAAGCAGGGCCUCGGCGAACGGCUCGGACUGGAAAUGACCUCUGCCGUGCUUGACAGAGUGCAGUUCAGGGAGGGAGAGACCCAGGGCGAUAUUGUGAGACUCAACUCAGCUUUGAGAGCGGCGGACUCGGGACAGGGUGUGGCUGAAGAGAAUUCAGAAGGUUCAGGUGAGGGAGCAUCGGGACACUGCUGUCCCUCCCCGGAGCCCCGGGGUCCCCGUCGGCCCUGCAGCAGCCCUCCCCAGCCCUGGGCAGCUCCAUCUUUUCACAGGCCUUACGGUCAGCGUCCUACAAGGGGCCAGGAAGGGGCACAGGAGCCAGAGCUGCCACCGCCGAAGCUGCCUCCCAGCCAGCCCCUCGCCUCCGGCCUGUCCCCCGAGCUGUGCAAGGGUGCGCAGGGCUUUCCAACCGUCCUCAUUCUCUCUUGACCCGGGGCACGCUCACGCCACGGCCGCAGCAGCAGGGAGAAGAGGUGAGGCCUCUGUGCCGAGGCCACCCGCACCCAGCUGGGGACAGCUGGCCCGAAGCUGUGUGUCCUGGGCACGAGAGGGCCCCCGCCUGGCAGAAGCUCCCUGCUUCCCUGCCAAGUGGAGGCUGAGAAUUUCCGUGCUGACCUGUCACUGAGUGCUUCCAGAUGUGGGCUGGGGGUGGGACGGGGGGUCCUGGGAGGGACUUGGAGCCUGAACAGGGCUCUGAGGGCAGCCUGGCCCAGCCCGAGACCCACCCACCCUGGACCUGGAGUCGGUCACUGGGCUCUGGCGGAGCUUCCUUCCAUCUGCGCCUGUUUCCUGUCACGCGGGUCGGCGCAAUGGUGUCUGACCCCGCGAAGCCCAGGAAGCCUGUGCCAGCCUCCUCAAAAGAUGUCAACUGUCCCAGGAAGAGGGGGCUUAUGCCUGAGGCCUCUGGGACCACUGAGUUUGAAGCCUUCUAUGCAGGGGGCCUGGCCCCCGGCUGGAACCUGCUGGUCCAGGGACACUCUGACUCUGGAGAGGACAAGUUCGAGAUCAACUUCUUGUCGGAGGCGGGGGACAUUGUCUUCCACAUCAAGCCCCGCUUCUCCAGCGCCAGCAUCGUGGCCAACACCUUCCAGGGCGGUCGCUGGGGCCAGGAGGAGGUGUCCACCGUCUUCCCGCUGGUGCUCGGGGAGCCCUUCGAGAUGGAGGUCAGCUCGGACGCGGAGCACUUCCACGUCCACGCCCAGGAGCACAAGGUGCUGCAGUUCGCCCACCGCCACAGGCCGCUGGCCGCCAUCACCCGGGUGCAGGUGCUGAGUGACCACCGGCUGGCCCAGGUGGAGCUGGCCAGGAGAGGCCUGAGCUGGGGGGAAGGGGGCUACUGAGCUGUGCCUGAAGUCCCAGGAGCGAGCCGUGGCCAUUGGCCACCCCACGUCCAGUGAAGCCCACCUUGGGGAAGUUGGGGGGAGGGCUCUGCAGUCCUGGGCACCCCCCCGCCCCCCGCCCCCGUUCCAGCUCUACCUUCAAUAAAGUCUAAGCAGGCUGCA